UUUCAUCUUCUCCGUUGUGGUUCACUUCCUUGCCACAAACCCCGCAGGCUUAGAUUCUCUUACCCGUCCCCCCCGCUUCCUGCAUGUUCGGCCCCUGAAGAAUCCACAAUAAUAAAAAUGGCGAUUUCUCUGAAUUCAAUCGUCGCCUUAAAUUCCACGUUCCAAGCAAAAUCUCAUCAUUUCUCGAGAUAUUCAAUCAACGCAUCAACAUCAAAGCUUACCCAAUUGGCAUCGUCCUUCUGGGUGUAUGGUCUUAGGAGGCCUUUGAAGAAAAGAAGUUUAAUCUUACCUUGUUCCAUAGCAGAUAGUGAUUGUCUUGCCACCGAGAAUGGUGAUACGGGUACAGCAGAUGCUACAAAAUUUGUUUCUGAUUCUACUGUUAAGCCCUCCUCUUCUGAUUCUCUGGGACAAAGUGGUCAGAUCCAAACUAGUGUUGGGGACAAGUCAGGGUCUCAAACGUCUGAUGCUCUUAAUGGUUCUAUUGUUUCUUCAGAUCUAAAGCAGGAGGUGGUUCAAUCUCCGAACUUGCAAUCUACAGCCAAAAGAUCACCUCUAACAGCAAGAGAGAGACUACGGGCAGCCAGGGUUCUCAGCCGUUACAAUGAAACAAAGUUAUCUAAAUCAGCAAUGGGCAACAAAGUGCUGGAUGCGCUUACAGAAAGUGAGAAGGGAAAGAAGAGAUCUGGCCUCCCAGAAGCUCCUACGAACUUGUUUGAUGACAGGGACCGUGGAUUGCCAAAGCAGGGUCUGACUUUUCAGUUUCCUGGAGGGAUGGAUCUAUUCAUCAUUGCCUUUUCAUUUGUUUUCAUCAGCACAGUAAUGUUUACAACUACUUACAUAGUCUGGAAAGUUGGUGCAAUACAUUUUAAUGAAUAUUGAGGUUAAACGCAGUGUUAUUUUGCAUUCUCUUAAUGAGCUACCUCCUCAAUACUUCCAUUGAAGAUCAAAACCUAUCCUUGCUUGAGGUACCUUUGAUGCUUAUCUUCUGCAAACUAUUCACAGUCAACAGAAAUACAUGAAUGUACAUAUCGAUAUUUAAUUUGUUCUAUCUGUAAGAGCUUUUCUUCAGUGAAAUUUUAUGCCUAACUAAUCAAAUAAAUGUGAUAGAAGCUAUUCAAUUC